GCCGCCUCUGCCGCCCCCGCCGGCCUCGGCGCCGCCACCGCCUCCGCCGCCGUCGUGCUGGUGCUGCUCGCCUCGCUCAGCCUUCUGCCCGCGGCCGCCGCCGCCUUCUCAGGCCGCAGCUCUGCACAGCCGCACUACAAGCGCUACAGCGGGCUGCGGGUCAGCCAGGACUCGCUGCUGCGGCUGGUGCACCACGAGCAGACGGUCGCACUCAUAGAGCUCGCCUCACCGUCCGGCCCGCUGCUCAGCUGCGAGUUCAUCGAGGUCUACAGGCCAAUUGAUGCAAAGGGAGCGCUAGCGUCGCUUUCUGAACUGGCUGUUCCCGAAGAAGUGAGAUUCUGGGAGAUGAAACAGUUGAUGAACGAAUGUGAGACGUUGCCGCCACCGCCACAAGCAGCGUUAAACGGAUCUCUGAAAGCUCUAUCGCUGUCACAGGAGUCCGAGGCGACAGGGCGAAGCAUCUCCAAGGCUACUCACACACUCCUCAGCGGCGUCGUACCAGGUACAAAGUGGUGUGGAGCAGGGGACAUUGCAGAGACGUACCAUGAUCUGGGCAAUGACAGUGAGGUGGACCGAUGCUGCCGCAGCCAUGACCUCUGCCCCGUGAAAGUGCGUGCCUUCCGCAAGCGCUACAAUCUCACUAAUCUUUCUGUCUACACAAAGUCACACUGUGAUUGUGAUGCAAUGCUGUAUGGGUGCCUGAAAGCAGCUAAUUCAACCACAGCUGCACUGUUGGGACGAGUGUACUUCAACGUCCUGCGUGUACCUUGUAUAGAAGAGCAAGCAUGUUUAGUUGAGUCCUGCAAGCCAAGACGCCGAUUCAGGUCUCCAAGACAGCAGUUCUGAAAAAAGAAAGUUAAGAGCUUGGUCUACUAAUCAGUGCAUGGAAAAAAACAUGCAAAAUACUUUGUGUGAAAGGAAAGUGAGUAAUGAUUUGAAAAAAAUUAUCAUCGCUAUGAAGAAGUUCAGCCAUUGCAAGAGAUUUUAUGGUAUAAUAUAUAUGUAGAUACCACUAGACUAUUAUUUAAAGUGUCCUGAACAAGAAAGAAAAUUGGAGAUAAAUGAUUACCACAUUCUUUCACUUAUUCUAAGCUUUGGCAAGGUAAUGUGAAAAGGUCUUUAUUAGUGGUGGUUUUCAGACACACUUAUUUCAGAAAGCUACAAAGUUUCAUAUAUUUUAUCAAUGUUUUGCAUUGCAUUGUAGCCAAUAAUAUGAGAUUUGUUUUAUGAAUAACAGAAAUGUGCAGUGUUGUGUCCUGAUCAUUGCUAUUGUCAAAAGUAUACCUAUGAUCAUUUGUCAGAUGAAAAUAGACAAGGCAGUUUCUUCAUGCAUGUUCUGAAAUAUUAGUUCAUCUACUGUGGCAUUAAUAGUUUGUGCAGUAUUUUUGCAUGUUUUUAAUUGUUUAUCAGUUGUUUCUAAAAACAGCUAUAUUCUUUUGAUGAUAACUAUUUUUGUUGUUCUAGUAGUUGUGAUAUUGUUAUAUUAUUGAAACUCUAGUCCUUGUAUGUGACUAAAUAUGGAAGUGUAACUGGUCUCUGUAUUAGAAUA